AUAUGUGUGUGGAGAAAGACAAAAGGGAAAGGAGUUGUAGUGGGUGAGAAGGUGGAAGCAUUCAGAGAGAGAUCAUAGAAGGAAACAUGGGUGUUAUGAAGGUGCUGCUGCUUCUCUUGCUGCUUAUCUUCAGCUUCUCUUUUCCUGCAUCAUUUGCCAACAAUUUGGACUCAGGUAGUGGCAACGGAAUCGUAAACCAAAGCAAAUUUGCCCAUGCCGGUGCAAGAGGUGGAGGUGGAGGUGGAGGUGGAGGUGGAGGUGGAGGUGGAGGUGGUGGGCACCCAGUUGGAGAAAACAACAACGGGAAUGGUGGCCAGACUACCUCUUCCCAACAAGGAGGAGCAGGCAUGGCGGUCAUACCUGUAUAUGCUGCUGCAGGUGCAGCAACAGCCAGUCAACGAAGAAACCAUAACAGCGCAAUCGACAUUUAUGCUCGAUGUAGGAAAGGCAGGCUUAUGAUCCUCAUAGUCACCGUACUUUUACUGCUUAUCGCUAUGUAGAGAAUUACUAGAGUUUGUUGUGUAUCUGUGAAUAGGAGUGUAAAUGAUCUGACUCUAUCUAUUUAUGUAUUUGUUUUUGUUAUCAAUUGGUUCGAAUAUAUGUUCGUUUUUAUUCAAUUCGAAUCAUAUAUUUAAAGGUUA